CUUCUUUUGCUCAGAAGACAAGAUAUGAAACCAAGAAGUCAAUUCCAAAGGAUGGUAUUUCUGUGAGAGAGUUAUCCAAGAAGAGAUUCACAAAGGAUGAUUCCAGGUAUCUCAAGUUUGAAGAAAUUUGGAAUUGUGAUGUCAGAUUCGCCAGGCAAAAGGGCAGCACAGAAAGACAGCAUUGGAGAUCAAUAGUCACUCCCAGAAAACCUUUUAAUGAGUUGAGUGUUCAUGACUUUGGAGGAAAGUUCAAUCUAGUGUCAGUUCUUCCACAACAGACAGGUCCAAUGAGAAGAAGUCUCCAUAAAUGUACAAUUGAAAAAAGCUUUGAGCAAUUUUCAGAACUAAGCAAAUGUAGUAAACUUUCCUUGGGAAAGACACUUUCUAAGUAUAAUAAGUGUAGAAAGCCCUUCAGUUACCAUUCAGACCUUAUUCAGUACCAUAGAAUACAUUCUGGAGAGAAACCCUGUAAAUGUAAUGAAUGUGGGAAAGUCUUUAGCAACAACUCAUGCCUUACUGUACAUCAAAGAAUUCAUACUGGAGAGAAACCCUAUAAAUGUAAUGAAUGUGGGAAAGCUUUUAGCCAGAAGGGAAACCUUAAUACACAUAAGAUAAUUCAUACUGGACUGAAACCUUUUGAGUGUAAUCAAUGUCAGAAAACCUUUGGCAACAAUUCAUCCCUUAUUCUACAUCAAAGGAUUCAUACUGGUGAGAAGCCCUUUGAAUGUAAUAUAUGUGGAAAAGCUUUUAGCCAGAAGGGAUACCUUAAGCAACAUGUUCAAAUCCACACUGGAGAGAAGCCCUUUGAAUGUAAUGAAUGUGGAAAAACUUUCAGCAAUAAUUACCACCUCACCCGACAUCAAAGUAUUCAUACUCAAGAGAAGCCUUAUGUAUGUAAUGAAUGUGGAAAAGCCUUCAGCCAGCAAGAGUACCUUAAGAAACAUAAGAGAAUCCACAUUGAAGAGAAGCCCUUUGAAUGUAAUGAAUGUGGAAAAGCCUUCAGUGACAAUCAGCAACUAACUCGACAUCAAAGUAUUCAUACUCGAGAGAAGCCUUAUCUAUGUAAGAAAUGUGGGCAAGCCUUCAGUAAUAGUUCCCACCUUAGUGAGCAUCAGAGAAAUCAUGCUCGAGGGAAACCCUAUAAAUGUAAUGAAUGUGGCAAAGACUUCAGGCACAGCUCAUCUCUUGUGCAACACCAAAGGAUUCAUACUGGAGAGAAACCCUUUCAGUGUAAUGAGUGUGAGAAAGCUUUCAGCCAGAGGGGAGAUCUUAAUAAACAUAGGAGAAUUCAUACUGGAGAAAAACCUUUCCAGUGUCAUGAAUGUGGGAAAGCUUUCAGUCAAAGAAAGUAUCUGACUGAACAUCAAGAAAUUCAUUCUCAGGAGAAACCCUAUAAAUGUAAUGAAUGUGGGAAAGCCUUCAGCAGGAAGAAGUACCUUACUGAACAUCAAGGAAUCCAUUCACGAAAGAAACCUUUUAGAUGUAAUGAAUGUGGGAGAAACUUCAGCCUAAGGAAAUUCUUUAUUAAUCAUCAGAGAAUUCUUCAUCCUCAAGAAAAACCCCGAGAAUGUAGUGAAUGUGGGGAGGUCUUCAGCAACAUUACAUCCUUUAUUGACCAUCAGAGAAUUCAUAUUGGAGAGAACCCAUUUAGAUGUAAUGAAUGUGGGAAAGCCUUCAGCAACAAUUACCGCCUUACUCAACAUCAAAGAAUUCAUACUGGAGAGAAAUCCUAUGUAUGUAAUGAAUGUGGGAAAGCUUUCAUUCAGAGAGGAGAUUUGACUAAGCAUCAGAGAAUUCAUACCGGAGAGAAACCUUUUCAGUGUAGUGAAUGUGGGAAAGCUUUCAACCGGAGUGGAAACUUUAAGCAACAUCAGAGAAUUCAUACUGGAGAGAAACCUUUUGAAUGUGAUGAAUGUGGAAAGACAUUUAGGCAGAGACAAAACUUUACCACACACAAGAAAACUCAUACUGGUGAAAAACCUAGUGAAAUGUAAUAAUCUAGGGGAAUUUUUUUUAGCUCAAAGGAACAUUCUAAUAAUAUCAAAAAAUUCAUGCUAGAGAGAAUCCUUAUAAAUGUAAUGAAUGUUGAAAGCCUUCAACAUGUGCUCAUCCUUAGGAAGUAUGAAAGAAUUCAUAUUGAAGCAAAACUCUGUCAAUAUAAUUGACCAUGGGAAAACCUGUGGAUUGUAGUUUAUGCUCUAUCAGAGACUUAAUCCUAGAAAUUAACUGUCAGAGAUAUAAUAACAUAGAAGAGGACUCAUAAAGACGUGUAAAUUGUUUGAUUCUAGAGUCAAGAUCUCAGAUUUUGUGACAAACUAUAAAAUUGUUGUGGUAUUUUUAAGAGAAAACUAUGUUUGCCUUUCCCCUGAUAUACAUAUUAGUUGCCAUUUGGCGACAAUUGCAUAGCAUAAGUUUAGGAUUUGAA